GCUACGGUUUUAUAACCAUUGCUAUAGGUGGUCUGUUACGGUUGUAACCGUUACUAAUAAUUAUUGGGACUGCUGGGACACUUAGUAACUGAACCGUUGCCAUAGUCUAAAAACCAUUCCGAGGUAAAUAUGGCAACGCUUAUAUAACCGUAGCAAUAAAUCAAUCUAUGGUAACGGUUAUCUCUAUUGUUACGGUUAUUAAUUCCCUCUUUAUUUUCACCCAAAUUUUUAAUACCCGCUAAAAUGGAACGGCCCACCAGCUAAUUUUUUUUUCUUAGUUUUAUACCUAAUAAAAUAUGAAAUACACUAAACCCCUAAAAAUACCUAAUAAAUCAAUCGCGGGUCUCUCCUCCAGUCAUCUCCAAAAUAGCUCCUGCCAUACUCCCAAAACCACCUUCAAAUCAGAUCAUAAUUAGCGAAAAUCAGUCAAAAAAGACCUCAAAAUUCCAAAAUAUAGCGAAGUUAGAGAGUUGUUUGCGGGAUUCAAGAGCUCUUUCGCGGUUGGGAUCGAGAUUACGAAGCCUUUGCAUCACUGCCUGAUUCCGCUAUUGAUUUAGAGAGACUAAGCUCAGCUUUUUAAGGCUUCUGUUUUUCUGCAGAGUCAAUAAUCGUGUUCCUUCUGCGGUAAUUCGUUUUCCUUCAAAGAGACCUCAUUAGCAAAUCGAGUUGAGGCCGCGCUCGACUGCUGCUCUUCGUAAUCUCCUUCUCCGGCGAACUCGGCUGAGAAAUCGAGUGGAAGUAAAUCCUAUCUGGGCAGAAUAGCUGCUUAUCAAUAUAGCACGGCGGCUGCUAUUGAGGAACCGAUCAAACCAGCUGUCAAUGUGGAACAUACUAAACUUUUUAUCAAUGGUCAAUUUGUUGAUGCUGCAUCAGGAAAAACAUUCCCGACUCUCGACCCCAGGACUGGGGAGGUAAUUGCACAUGUUGCUGAAGGUGAUGCAGAAGAUAUAAAUCGGGCAGUAGCUGCUGCUCGUAAGGCUUUUGACGAAGGACCAUGGCCUAAAAUGAAUGCUUAUGAAAGGUCAAAGAUAUUGUUGCGCCUUGCUGAUCUGAUCGAAAAACAUAACGAUCAAGUUGCAACGCUCGAGACUUGGGAUACUGGGAAACUAUAUGAACAGGCUUCUAAGAUUGAAGUACCAAUGGUUGUACGUCUACUCCGUUAUUAUGCUGGCCGGACAGAUAAAAUUCACGAUAUGACUAUUCCUGCUGAUGGACCAUAUCAUGUUCAAACGUUGCAUGAACCAAUUGAAGUUGCGGGUCAGAUUAUUCCAUGGAAUUUUCCUCUUCUCAUGUUUUCUUGGAAGAUUGGACAUGCUUUAGCUUGUGGCAACACUGUCGUGCUAAAGACAGCUGAGCAGACACCAUUAUCUGCAUUCUAUGUAGCACAUCUAUUACAGGAGGCUGGGCUGCCUGAAGGUGUUUUGAAUAUCAGUUCUGGUUUCGGGCUGCCUGAACGACUUGUCCAGAUUACAAGAAGCCCGUACUUAAGGGACUCUAUUCCCAACAGCCAUCAUCAGUGGAAGAAGACAUGACAAGUAGUGGAUCGUGUGGAUAUGAGUUGAACCUCAACUCUUGCAAUCGCAAUACUACAGUCAUUGGAUCAAAGUAUGG